ACCACGUGAUAUAAGACCUAUUCAAGCUGAAAAAUGCUAUUUAAUAAUAGUGAAUAGGCAAACACUGGGCAUUUUAGAAAUUUCUUCUCUCGAUAAAAUUGACUGUUACAAUUUUAAAAAAUUAGAGCUUAUCUUAUCAAGUUUCUUUCUUAUGAAUAUUAAGCAAAAAAGUACUAGAUUAAAAAUAUAUAAAAUUACGCUUGGAUCAUUAUAAUCGCAGUAACAAUGGCUGAUAAACUUUCUGGAGUCCAGUCAUCAGCUGCCUCAGUUUUAAAAAGAGCUGUUGAACUUGACAAUGAUAAAAGAUAUUCAGAUGCCCUUGUAUGCUAUCAAGAAGGUUUAGAUCUUCUAUUGCAAGUCAUGAAAAUCGUAAAUGAAGAAAAAAAGAAACAAUACUAUAGAGAAAAAAUAUCAAAUUAUAUGGCGAGAGCCGAAAAAUUAAAAGAAAUGAUAUUUCAUACAAAAGCAAAUAUAGAUGAAGUCACGCACAUUUAUAUAAAAGACGAUGAUACUGGCUUUGGAUACGAAAAGAUAUUUGGUAAAUAUUUAACAAUGUCGGUAACAGAGGUAAUCGUAGAAGAUCCAUAUAUAAGGAAUCAUCACCAGAUCCUAAAUUUUUUGAGAUUCUGCGAAACAAUCAUAAAAUCGGAAGCAAAAGUUAAAGUAAUAAAAUUGAUAACAAGCUAUGAUCAGAAUGAUAGUAAUAUUAAGGAAGAUCAACAAAAAAAGUUAGGCUUAAUUAAGGAAAAUUUGAAAAAGUAUUCUAUUGAAUUAGAGAUAAGCUUUUCGGAAACUUUACAUGAUCGAGAAAUAACACUUAACAAUGGAUGGAAAAUUAAAAUUGGCAGAGGUUUGAAUUAUUUCAAAAAAGUUGGUAAAUUUGACAUUGGAACUUAUGACUAUGAUUUGAGAAGUUGCCUUGAAACUAUAAUUGAUAUAUAUAAAAUGUAA